AUCUCCGCACAUGCGCAAUCGUUCGCGUCUACAUUAAAACAAUUCUCCUCGGCCAAGCUGACCUGCAAUUCUCAGGCAAACAUCGUCGACAUAUUGAGGGUAUUGGAAUCAUGGCAUCCAGAGGACUGAUGCUCCUCCUGACGGCGCAGCUUCUUCUGUGUCUCGGCAGUGCUGAUGCUGAGCAGGAAACGGGGACGGUCAUCCCCGCGGAAAGUCGCCCGUGUGUUGACUGCCAUGCAUUUGAGUUCAUGCAGAGGGCCCUGUUGGACCUCAAAAAGACUGCAUUCAAUCUGGAUGCCAGGACAGAAACUCUGGUGCUGAGAGCCGAGAGGAGGGCUCUGUGUGACUGCAUGCCCAGCUCACUGCACUGAACAGAACAUAUUCCAGAACUACUCAUGUACAGCGAUUUUUAUUUCAACACACAACAGACACUUUAUUGUCUCUCAUUUCCGUGAGUGAAUGUUGUCAUGAAGCACUUUUUUUCCCCUUUUUUUUUUACAACCACAGAUGUCUUACAUUGCGGUUCCUAAAGUUGUAGUUCCUAAAGGAAUAACAUCCAGAGAGAAGUCUCAUCAUUUUUGUUAAACUUUACUUUUACUUAGCACAGCACUGUAGCAUGAAUUGACAGCACCUUUUGUGAACAUAGAUUGUAUGUAUAGAUUUGUAUGUAAGAGGUGACAUUAUUACCUAUCAGAUAACUGCAAUAUUGAAAGAUAGUCAUAACAGUGUUGUCGUCGUUUGAAUUGUACCGUCUUGAUAAAAGCUGUGAUUAUUUGUUGUAGCUCAUGUUGUGUAACAUUAAUAAUUUUGUGUUGCAGAAAAAAGUUGUGAACAUUGGGUGCAAAAGGGCAGGGGGGUGCAAAUAAAAUGUACCAUCAACUUGG